AUGGCCGAGCCAUAUUAUGGUAGCACACGAAACAUAGACGCCAAGGACGGCAUCAAGCUCUUGCCAACGAGCAGACAUGUUCCUUCGGGGUGA